CCUUGCUGUCUCCAUCCUCCCUCCCCAGACGCUCGCCCUCUUUUCCCUCACUUCAAACUGUCCUCCGACCUUCCUAGCAUGCUCCCACAACUCCCCGGGUCCCCUUCUAUGCAGUCAUCUCCUUCCCGAUAAUCAUCCCUCAACACCUCAACGCGACGUUCCUGUACCCUGUGUCAAGUGUGUAUGCACCCAAGGGAAUCCUCCCAACCUUCCGCCCGCAAGAUUACACUGCGGACCACUACCGCUUCACCCUCAGCAAGCCCACAAACCGGUUCGCCUCGCCAGCAACACGAGACAGGCUCGCCUCUGUAUCAUCGUCACCCCAGCUCACCUCACCCGUUCACCCGGACCCUCCCUAUCACCACUCCCCUAUCCAUCCCCUGCUCGCCGGCGGCCAUCUCUGAUCUGCCACCGCCCACUGUUGCGGUUCUCGUUUCACCGUGCUCGAUGGGGCUCGCUCGCUCCCCCGUGCGUCGCAGUCCAUGUGCUCUCCUGCGUGCUUCUCCCGCUGGUGGCGACGUAUGCGAUGAUCGGGUGGAGCUCGUUGCAGGCACGGGGCUGGGCAUGGCGCUUGGCGUUGCGCUUAGGCUUUUUGGGGGUGCAGAGUGAUGAAAUUUGCCGGCUCAAGAUGGUCUGGGUCUGCGAUCGGGGGUCCCGUCGUGCUCGGAAUCGUGCGGUAUCUCCUGGUGAUAUCUGGCUGAUGUGUGUUGGAUUACUUGUUUAAAUCGCGGCGAUGAAAUAUACAAUCGAUCUCGACUUUGCGUUGGGUUACUCUCCUCUCCUCGUACCCUCAGCAGCAGCAGAUAUGGGCUUGCCUUGGGAUGAUGUCUUUGGCGUCUUGCACUCGUCGCGCGAUGCUUCGGGCUACGAUUGGGCUGCGAUGUCCGCUGAUCAGAUCGCGCUCAUCAAGAUGCGGUGGCACAAUGUCCAUCCGGUUCUUCUCCCGUUGUUUCUCGCACUGAUUGUUUCGCGCGCAGUGGUACACGGCGGACUGGGACUACGGCCUUGCGACGGUCGCUUUCUUCUGCGCCGCCAUCUUCGCCGUGUUUCUCCUGCGCGUCACCGCGUGGCUCCGAGUGAGGCAGCAAAAGAGGUUUGUCUGCCCACCUCUCCUAGCCUUGGGCAGACCCAGUUGAUUGACACGCGCUCCAGAUCCCAGCGCCUCACGCUUACAGACCGGAUUGCCGCUGCCCUGCGAUACUUCUCCGCGCGCCAAUUCCGCGUGGCACCUCUGGGGUACUACGCACCGGCGCUGGGCAGCCUCGUGGGCGUGGCGGGGAUGAUCGUUUUCGUCUUCGUCCUGAUGCUCUCCGCGCGGCCGUACAUCUGGCCGAACCCCGCGAUGGGCCACAGCCCGCCGCUCGCGACGCGGACGGGAUGGAUGGCGCUCGGGAUCAUGCCGUUCAUGAUCGCGUUCGCGGCCAAGGCGAACUGGGUCACGCUCGUCACCGGCACGUCGCACGAGAAGCUGCAGGUGUUCCACCGCUGGUCGGCCGUCCUGAUGUAUGUUACUGCGCUGGUGCAUACGUGUUUGUUCAUCAUGCAUGACCGCGCGAUGGGCACGCUGUCGUCCCAGUGGUACUCGUCCGAGUUCUUCUGGACAGGGACGGUCGCACUGGUUCCCCAGACGUUUCUCGUCCUUGGAUCGUGGAGCGUCUUCAGGAACAGGUACUACGAGAUCUUCAAGAACGCGUCAGGCUUAUUCAUGGCCGCCAUGCUCGUGCACAUCGACUUCACGCUCUCUUCCUGGGACUACUUCAUCGCCACCGGCGCACUCUACUUCACCUCCUGGUUCUACCGCGAGGGCCGCACCCUACUCGUCUCCCGCCUGGGGCUCCCCGCGACAGUCGAAUCCGUCGGCCCAGGGCUCGUGAAGCUGACCAUCCACGGCGUUGGCGACAAGAUCCGCUGGGCGCCGGGGCAGCAUGCGUUCGUGCGCGUGCUGUCGCUCGGGAUGCAUGCGCUCACGACGCACCCGUUCACGAUCGUAUCGCUCCCGCAGGACAAGGACAAGGACGCGGUCAUGAUCAUGGCCGUGCGCAGUGGGAUCACCCGCGCGCUGGCACGGCGGGCUGCCGACGCCGCGCCCUGGUCGACCCGGGUGCUGUUCGACGGGCCGUACGGCGGCGUGCGAUUCCCCGUCCGUGCGCACGAGGCCGUGUUUCUGUGCGCCGGCGGGACCGGCGCGACGUUUGUGCUGCCCGUGCUCGCGGAUCUGGCUGCGCCGUGCGCUGGGAUCUGUCGGCGGGUCGAGCUGGUGAUUGCCGUGCGAGACGAGGACGCCUAUGAGUGGAUGCAGGCAUUCAUCGACACUGCACUCAAGGACGCGCCCGAGUGUAUAGCGAUCAACGUCCGCAUCUUCUUCACCUGCUCCGGCGCGGAGAAGAUCAAGCAGGAUCCCGACGAUGCGAGCAGCCUCGCACGGGGCGUGAUCGCAUAUGGCCGGCCCAGCCUGUCCGCUAUCGUCAACGAGGCCAAGCACAGCGCGACAUCCGUCGCUAUGAUCGGCUGUGGCCCAGAGACAUUCAUGUACGACCUCCGCAAUGCGGUUGCCGACGCGCAGCUCGAGAUUGUCGAUGGUCUGGGGUGCCUGUGUAAGGACCUCUUCUUCCACGGCGAGUCGUAUAGGUGUGUCUUUGGUGAGGAGGAUGUCUAGUGCAUUACAUACUGUGCGCUUCCAGAUCACGUUGAAUGCGUCUGGUUCCAUUCCGGUUAUCGUUAGAAUGUAAUCCUUCAUACUUGAAAGAAUGGCCCAAGCCCAAACUGCACGUCUUUUGCGGAUACCGAUGAAAAGCUGAAGUUUUCGUUCUUCAGUCCUCAAGUCGCAGGUUCAGUCCUCAGUUUCACUCAAGUCAGUCCACCUCUCCAACACAGCUGUGUUGCUCCACUC